AUGUCUGUACAUUUUUGUCUGGCUCCGUAAUGGUUUUUAUUUUUACAAUACAAAAAAAGUUAAAAGUGUAACUCGAUCAUGGAGGUGUUUAAUAAGUUUUAUUCGUCAGUCAGCAACACAGUUUCGCAAUUUUCUGGCGUUUUGCCUGGAAAUCCUGUGACACGAGAGUUCGAGGCGACUCAGUUAGUUGCUAGCGCUGGUCCAGGUUUACUGUGGAAGAUAUACAAGGGCUACAAGAAGUCAACGAAGCAAGAAGCUUCAAUAUUCCUCUUCGAAAAAAAACAUCUAGAAAGAUGGUCACGACCAGACCGAGAGAUAAUGCUGGAGAUGCUGAAGCGUGGCAUUGUUCAGUUGACAAAGUUACGACAUCCACAAAUCCUUACAGUCCAACAUGGACUUGAAGAAAGCCGAGAGAGUCUUGCGUUUGCCACAGAACCAGUGUUCGCAAGCUUAGCCAAUGUUCUAGGCAACACAGACAACAUGCCACAACCAGUACCAAACCAUUUAGUCAACUACAAAUUGUAUGAGCUGGAAAUUAAGUAUGGACUAAUGCAGAUUGCUGAAGGCCUCACGUUCCUACACAAUGAUGUGAAGCUUCUGCAUCACAAUCUCAACCCAGAGUCCAUUAUCAUCAACCAGCAAGGGGCAUGGAAGAUAUUCGGAUUUGAUUUCUGUAUCGCCAACCAGAGCGCAGCAGGAUCUCCCCCGUUUUGGCCGUUCCAUGAAUAUUGUCCUGCAUUGCCGGCUUUGACUCAACCAGUUCUUGAUUAUCUGGCUCCUGAAUAUGUUCUCUCAGCUUCUCACUCGCCUGCCAGUGACUUGUACUCAUUGGGAAUGGUUAUAUAUGUAUUACACAGUACUGGACAUCAGACGUUAGGUAAUGUAGGAAAUGAUUACUCUAAAUUUAAGAGAUUUGUGAAUGAGAUGAGAAAUCUGCCGCCGUCGAGAUUGUCCUGUGUCAAUGAUGGUUUGAAGGAAUAUGUGAAGCUUCUUCUGAAUGCUAUACCAGAAUUGAGGCCUGACCCACAUCAAUUCUUGAAGAUACCAUACUUUGAAGACAUUGGUGUUAAGACCCUGAACUACUUGGACUCGUUAUUUCAAUGGGACAACCUCCAGAAGUCUCAGUUCUACAAAGGCUUGCCACAGAUUAUACAGAAGAUGCCGCAUCGCAUCUGUAUCUACCGCAUUCUGCCGUGCCUCACGAAGGAGUUCGUCAACCCACCCAUGGUGCCCUUUGUGUUGCCAAAUGUGUUGCUUAUAGCUGAGAACUGUUCCAAAGAUGAAUACAUAAAAUACAUCCUGCCAGUGUUGAAACCGGUGAUGUUGAUACAGGAUCCUAUACAGAUCUUGUUGAUAUUCAUGCAGAAGAUGGAACUGUUGCUGAAGUUGACUCCGGGGGAGGAGGUGAAGACAGACAUUCUGCCGAUGCUGUAUAGGGCUUUGGAGUCUGAUGCCCAGCAGAUACAGGAGCUAUGUUUGUCAGUGUUGCCAACAUUUGCGUCCCUGAUAGACUAUCCUGCGAUGAAGAACGCGCUGCUCCCGCGUAUUAAGAAGUUGUGUAUGAGUACGAACUACAUAUCGGUGCGGGUGAAUUGUUUGCUGUGUUUGGGCAAACUGUUGGAGCAUUUGGACAAGUGGUUGGUUUUGGACGAGAUCAUUCCGUUUCUGCCGCAGAUACCGUCAAGAGAGCCCGCUGUCUUGAUGGGUAUUUUAGGCAUAUACAAACUCGCGCUCAGCCACUCAAAGUUGGGUAUAACCAAGGAGGUGAUGGCCACGAAGGUGUUACCCUUCCUCAUUCCGCUAUGCGUGGAGAACGGACUCACGCUUAACCAGUUCAAUGCCCUCAUAAGCCUGGUCAAGCAAAUGAUAUCUAAGGUGGAGUCGGAGCACAGAGCUAAACUGGAGCAGCUCAAUUCUAUUAAUAGUGAAUCUAAGAUAAUGGAGCAGACUCUGACGCCGUCGUCCGAGACCCUGGUGUCCGCCCCUCACUCGGACCUGCAGGGCAUGUUCUCCGAACUGGGUGGAGACCCCUUCUCCCCGCCUCCAGUGAAGGAGAAGGAAUCAGUUCUCCCGACCGUUACGGAGAGCAAACAGCUUACUAUGGAGGAUAAGCAGAGGAUAGCGCUACAGCAAGAAUCUGUCCGAAAGUUCUCGAACCAGCCGGUACCGAAAGCAAUACCCGCUCCCAAGAAAUCUACAUACAAACCUGUCGAUCUAACCACCUCCCUUCUUCAGUCAAACCUUAACCAACUCUCGAAGCCUAUACCAGGUUCUGCCUCCGCUAUGUCCCAUCCCACUUCGAACGCUUCGACGAACCUUCAACAAAUGUCCAACAUGAUCUACAGUACCCCAGGGUUAUCACAAAAUAGCUCAAAAUACGUCACUCCAAACCAGUUUGGUGGUUUCGAUAAUAAACCGGCCGUUCCCUCGGCGAAUUGGUCGUCGACAUCAUCAGCUAACUUCAACAAUAAGUGGGCGAACAACCAAAGUCAAGCAAACAACAAGACCAAGCAGGACUGGUCGGCAUUCGAAUCUCUACUACCGACGGGCGACAGUUCCACAUCAAAUAAUAAUAAUAAUGUUAAGAAACUCACAGACAAUGAAAUGAUGGAUUUGUUGAGCUAAAUUCCAAUGGAAGUAUUAUUUUCUAGUUAUUUAUUCGGAACUGCCAGACAAGAAUGUUCAAAAACAAAAUUGUGGAUUGUGAUUUUGAAUAUAGAAUGCCAUCAAGUGACGUAUAUGCGUACAUGAUGUACACCGAGAAUGUUCGCUUGAUGAGGAAAAAAAAUUGUAAAACUAAAAUUCUUAGUUUGAUAACAUGCAUUUUAAUCACAAUAGCUUAAAAUUAAUUAAUACAAACAAGUCGAUUGCAGUCAAUCACUUAUCUCAAUGCAUUCCUAUUCAUUAUCGAUGCAUUCAACUAAUGUUAUAAUUUAAGUGCAACAACAGUGAGGGUAUUUUAUAAAAAAUGACAUUUUUAGUAUUAAAAUUAUUAUUUAUUCGAAUUAUGAAUUACAAUAAAAAUAGAAUAGUCUUUAAAAUUAUUUACUUUUUACGUACAUAUCAUAUUUAUUUACUGAAUUUAUUACUGUCAACUUGGUUUAAAAAAUCUUAUGAAUAUGGUCCUUUGGCGCUGUAGUAGUUCCAAAUCUUUUACGUAAGCAACUUUCAGCUUUAUUUUGGUCUUAUAACCGGCUUUAUUUGAGCUUAUUAUUUUAUUAGUUUAUAAUUUCUUGUGAUAAUAGACCCGUCGCCUCUAUGGUACUAAUACUUUAGAUAAUUCCUACAUUAUUCAAGGUUUAAUAAAAUCUUAGAGAGGCGACUCAAAUGUUAACAUUGUAAAAUUUUAUUGGCUUACACUAAGGCAACUUAUGCAAUAUUUAUAAUUUAAAAUUAUUUUGUGACAUUGUAAUUACAGGAUUAUAGCAUAGCCAUUUGAUUUAGAGUAACCAAGUUUCUAAAUCUGUACUUAUUAGUUUUCGAUAUUAAGUAGAAUAAAUGGUGUUUGAUAGGUACUGGAUUUAGUAGCGGGGAGGUUUAAUUUAUAAAUUGGCUAUGCUUACACCUGACCAUAGAUUAACCCGACUUCUGAAUUUACUCCUCGAAUUAGGAACUCUAUUUCUUAUGAAAUAAGGUCCAAAAUUGAUAUUACUCAUUUUUGUAUAUAGCAAGGGCCGUGUAAAUUACUUCUAUACGUAUUCCAUAAUCUUUCUUAUGAAAAUUGUCUCCAGUUCUUUGUCACACGAUAUUCUGUAGUAGAAGUAGAUGACGUACUAGACAGCGGUAAAUUCUUGUUACCGUGGAUUUCUUUAACAUAUCGAUCCAAUUGUUUGCGAUUAGAGAUUGGAUUUUGAUUUAGCUCCAUAUAAAUGUCGUUACAUACCUACGUGACGGGAUUUUUGACGGACGGUUUUGGAAAUAUCGUGUCCUAUUAAUAGACUGGUACCGAAGCACUCAAGGUCCCGUUCACGCCCCGUUCGAAGCUUUAUUUCGUCACGUAUGCCGCGGCCUUUAACUUAUGCUAAAUUCAAUACCUAAUCGCAAACAACGAAUGGAUAGGUUAUAGAAAUCGGCAGAGAGCUUCGCUGCCAAGUGCGUUUUCUACCAUAGAUGUGAUACAUAUUUUAUUUACAGACUGCAACAGAUGUGAUCUCUUAAAAAUAAACAACUUACUUAAU